AAUACCAUCCUGCAGGGGAACGUACUUCAGAUUCAAGGACCUCGCGGGUUCAAGGGCUCCAAAGGGGACGCGGGGGAGAGGGGUCUACCAGGUUUCGACGGGGAUAAAGGAGAGAAGGGUGAGGACGGUCCUCCAGGAGUAAAGGGCCUUAAAGGGGAUGCGGGCACUAAAGGGGCAUUGGGCCGAUUUGGAGCGCGAGGACCGGUGGGCCAGAAAGGGGAACCUGGAGAGCCGGGGCUGAAUGGAGAGAUGGGGCUCAAUGGACAGCAUGGGGUGGAUGGAGAAAAAGGCGACAAAGGAGAUGUUGGACUUCAAGGCAUGCAGGGUGAUCAGGGCGAUCCAGGAGAACCCGGCCUAGCGGGAGAAAUGGGGGCGAAGGGAGAAAAGGGUUUCAGAGGGUUUCCUGGACGCACCGGUAAUCCCGGGCUAGACGGCGAAAAGGGAGAUCCAGGUGUGCCUGGCAGUGCAGGUUUACCAGGACGUAAUGGACUCACAGGACGCAAGGGGGACAAAGGAGUUGGAGGGACCAAUGGUGCUGAUGGUGACCCAGGAGAGAAAGGGGAUAAGGGUACUGCAGGUUUCCCCGGAUUUCCGGGCUUCAAGGGGUCAGCUGGCAGUCCGGGACUAGAUGGAGACGAGGGACCACUCGGAGCCCCUGGUCCUCAUGGGGAUACGGGACCUAAGGGUGAGCGGGGCAGGAGAGGCAAAACGAGGCCAUGCCAGAGGGGGGUACCAGGAACCCAAGGACUGCGAGGAGAAACUGGUUCAGAGGGUAUGGAAGGAGCAAAGGGGGAAAAAGGAGAACCUGGACUAUCAGCUGAAGAAGUGAAGGAGCUCGUCAACCAGGAGGUGGUUGAAAAGUGCGGGCUGGAGUACAAGUUUAUGGUAAAGUCUGUGGAUCCGGACGCAUCGUACGUGAUAACUGGUGGCGAAACUACCAAUAAGCCCAAAGAUUUAGCAAUGACCGUCUCUACUGGGACCGAACUUCGCGAAGAAAGGACGAGACACGACUUUCAAAAACAAGAAUCCAGCAGCAACAUGGAAGAAAUUCCAAGUACUCUUCCACUGAAUCUGGAAGAAGCCAGGAGCUCACGAAAUCACACUGUGUGA